AUGGCAGGUGCAGAGCAAAAGUCGUUCUUAGGGACACUCACCCCAUGGAGUACAAGGAGUUCAACACCAACACCGCCUGGCGGUCACCAAAAACCAGAUGUUCUGCAACGAUCGCAAGGGGAGGACCACACGGUGACCCACAUGUAUCGAUUAAGCAUGCGACGCUAUCCCCCCGAUUGCCCUCCAUUGAAAGUCAGGUGGUUCUACGCAGUGGACUCGCCCAAGCGGAAACCAUCUAUUCUAGGACAGAAAAAGACAGACCAAAAGCCAUUGCCAUCGCCGAAGAAAUUCAUACCAUUCCCAGGGAAAGACUCCCAGUCCAUUGAAACGACAUUCCAGAAACUCUCAGACAUUGAAGAUGCCCGCCAACAAAACCAGCCAAACGACAGCGAACCUGUAUUGUCUAAAGUGCCCGUGAAUGAGGAUUUUCUUUUCAAUGUCGACGUGGAACAACGAGAAUUGAGUCCUACCUAUUGGAUUGGCCCUGUAUAUGAAGUUCGUCGUGGAACGUGGUUCAUUCAGGAUGGGUCUAGCCUAAAACCAUGUGAAGAAAAUCUUGCUACCCAGCUUGAAGAAGGCUAUAUCAAACUGUGUCCCUGGAGGUCCCAGCCACCGGAACAGAAUCCACAGACGAACGAACGGGAUAAAUCUCGCCAGACCAAAAGCGUGCCAAUCAACACCCACGAGCCAGAUCCUAAAUUCGCUCAAUCAGCCAACCAGAUCCCUCCUCCCCGUGGCAUGGGGAGUGAUUUCAACGGUCCCGCAGUGGAACCUCAGCAGUAUCGUCUUUUUGGCGCUUACAUGAAUAGGAUAGUGGGUUAUCAAGAUUCCACGACAGCCUGGCUGAUGAAUGAUGAUUUCAUGUCACGCUUCAGUACUUCGGUGUAUCAAAAGCUAGGAGGUGUUCCAGGAACAAAGUUAGUUCGAGGUUUCGAACCUAGGAAGCCAAAAGAGCCACCAGAAGCAAAGGGUCCCAAACAAAAACCACUGGGCGAGUCAAUACCUUCCAGAGGUUUGAAUGAUGCCUUGAAAGACAAGGCAGCAAAAGCGGAUAUUCUCAAGCCAGCACCAGCUGGUGAAUUCGAAGGCUACGAAAGUAUACCGAAAUCAACAUUAGAACGCCAAAUGUCCUCCCUUGCGGGUGAGCCGCAAAAUCCAGCUGACCUCGAAGAACAGGCUCGUAGACAGGAGGAACAGGAGAUGGAAGAGUCGAGAGAACUGGAUGGCGCAGACAGAGAGCGCGAGGUUGACCAUCUAGUUCUUGUUACCCAUGGGAUUGGCCAGCGACUCGGUUUACGACUGGAAAGCAUCAAUUUUAUACAUGAUGUUAAUGUGCUUCGCAAGACUCUGAAAACCGUUUAUAAAGGCUCGCCUGACCUCCAAGCGUUGAACUCAGCGCUCCCAGACAACGAUACGAAUUGCCGUGUUCAAGUGCUUCCUGUGUGCUGGCGCCAUCUUCUUGACUUUCCUUAUCGAGGAGUUCGACAGAACAGAAAGGAACUGGAUCUCACUGAUGCAGAUGCUCUCGAGGAUGAUGCUUAUCCCAGCCUCUCCGAUAUAACGCUGGAAAGCGUACCUGCUGUUCGAAACCUCAUCUCUGAUUUGGCUAUGGAUGUACUUUUAUACCAAAGUGGGUAUUGUGAACACAUCUCCAAUAUUGUUAUCCAAGAAUGCAAUCGAAUCCUCCGGCUGUACCGGAAGCAAAAUCCUUCUUUCAAGGGGUCAGUUAGUCUCUGCGGCCAUUCCCUUGGAAGCGCGAUUUUAUUUGACAUCUUGUGUCACCAGCCGGGAAGCAAUACUGGGCAGAAUGGGGUCUUCAGAGGAAUGGCCCAAGAGAGCGACGACUCAACCCCCAAGGAUGCGAGUGUAUUUGAUUUUGACUGCGAAGAGUUUUUUUGUCUGGGAUCCCCCAUUGCACUCUUUCAAAUGCUCAAGGGUAAGACGAUUGGUGGAUACUCUGCCUUGGAUCCUCAAAAUCGCAAAAAAUCUCUGGAUGUUGAGGUCGACUUGGACUCGCAUGGUCCUGGACAUGCGCUCAGCGACAGUUCCGGUAUCAUCUCAAUGCCAAAGUGUCGAGAUCUCUACAACAUCUUCCAUCCUUCUGACCCAGUGAGCUACCGGGUUGAGCCUCUGAUAUCUCCAGCGAUGGCAACACUGAAACCCCAGCCUCUACCUUCGGUGAAAAAAAGCCUCUGGACGACCUCUGGUCAGAGUUUAUCUAUUCUCGGUAGCCGCAUGGGCCAAAGUGUGGGUUCCCUGUGGACCAAUUUUACCACGGGUGUCGCAAGCAGUCUGUUAAAUCGCAGCUUGGGCCUAAAUGGCGAUGACACCUCGACGGCUGCUCGCACUCCUGGUAAACCAGGCGACGAUUCAACCCAUAGACGGUCACAGUCAGGCUCGGCUCAGCAUGAGUCUGAGGGAUCCAAUGAUCACUAUCAGACAUUGAUCGAUUCCGAUCUGGAAACUCUUUACAAUGGUUUCCAAAAGAGCAGGAGUAUCAAUCAUGGCGAGAGUCUAGACCCCGAUGCCGACACUAACGAAGACCGGAAGCUGAAAUUCGAAGACGCUAAAGUGCGUGCCUUGAAUGCAAACGGUCGUGUGGACUAUAGUAUCCAAGAGUAA